AUGGCUAACGCAAGAAGGUUGGUCGCCAAGGCAAAUAACACUAAUGUAGUAGGUUCAUUAAUCUUAAUGGCCUUGGUUUUUGGUUCUUGCGUGGUCAAUGGUGAAUAUCUCGGCGGCCGCCGUGGGCUAGCCGCUAAUUCCGGCAACCCUACGGUCUUUGAUAUCACUAAGUUUGGUGCCGUAGGAGAUGGUGCCACCAAUUCUUUCAAGGCGUUUUUGAACACAUGGAUCCAAGUGUGUGAAAGUCCUGCACCUGCAACGCUAUUAGUUCCUAAGGGAGAGUUCUUGGCUGGUCCAGUUAUUUUUGCCGGUCCAUGCAAGAGCCCCGUGACCGUCGAAGUUCAGGGCACGAUCAUCGCUACAACAAGCGGAUACGCGACCCCCGAAUGGUUCUUAUUCGAGCGUGUCGACAACGUCGUCCUCACCGGAACCGGCACAUUCCACGGCAAAGGAGAAGAUGUGUGGAAAGCAGAUGGUUGUGGCAAAAAGGUUCAAUGCAAUCUUCCCCCAACGUCUCUCAAAUUCAGGAACAUGAAAAAUCUCGAGGUUACCGGCAUUACCUCGAUCAACGCAAAGGCCUUCCACAUGUUCUUAGUGAAAACCGAUGGUGUCAAGAUCAACAACAUUAAGCUUAUCGCCCCAGCUGAAAGUCCUAACACCGAUGGUAUCCAUCUAAGCAAUGCUGACAACGUCGCUAUCCUCGACAGUAAGAUCGCGACAGGAGAUGAUUGCGUCUCCGUCGGUCGUGGCUGCAACAAUGUAACCGUCGAGCGCGUGAUUUGCGGUCCGGGACACGGCCUAAGUGUCGGUAGUCUUGGUAAGUACAAGAACGAGGAAGACGUUAUCGGCGUUCACGUUAAGAACUGCACCAUGUUAGAGACCGACAAUGGUCUUAGAAUCAAGACAUGGGGUGGUUCGGGUCCAAGUAGGGCUGAAAACAUUCAUUUUGAAGAUAUCAUCAUGGAAAACGUCAAGAACCCAAUCAUCAUUGAUCAAAACUACGGUUCAAGAGGCGGAGAUUCAAAGGUUGCGAUUAGCGAUGUGUUGUUCAAGAACGUAAGAGGAACAACAAUCACAAAAGAUAUUGUCCAGCUCAUGUGCAGCAAAUCGCUUCCGUGCAAAGGAGUCAACGUUGUUGACGUGAACUUGAACUUCGUAGGAAAGGCAGGAGGACAAAAGUCAUCGUCAGGAGGUUUGGUCGGAGCUCUUUGCGACAACGCCAAUGUUGUCUUUGGUGGAAAACUUAGCUUCCCUAUGUGUCCCAAAUAA